GGUUCAUAUGACUGAGACAGCUGCUCCGGGAGAAAACAUGGAACUCGAGUGCGGAGUUUGUUACCAGAUUUACAACGCUGGGCGACGGUGCCCGCGAGAACUAAGAUGUAAACACAGUUUUUGCGAAUGCUGCUUAAACUUACUCGCUCAGUCGGCAACACAGGAGUCUCGUGUCUGUGCUGCUGAUGUACCAGCUGAAGUAACAAUUGUCUGCCCGUUGUGUCGGUACCCUACCAUCCUCCCUGAUGGUGAGGUGAGGAGACAGCUACAUGUAGACGAAGACCUGUUCGAGCGCAUGAUGUCAAGUGGUGUCCUCGAUGGCAACAUGUCUGAUGAUGAGGAGGACCCAGAGAAGUCUACUCAAGAAACAGUCCCCAAAUGCGAGGAGAACUCCAUAGAGGGCAACUCGGAUACGGAUGUGGUGCCCUCGUCCAGAGGGAAAAGAAUUUGGAGAUCCUUAAAACGUUUCUGGAACAAAGUCCUAACCGGCAGCAGCAGCGGCGGCGACAGACAUCAUGUUGUGACUGAUGAAGACAUGAGGGAUCUUGUGUUGAUGGCGUGUAUGAUGUGAAUGAAGAUGGACCUAAAGGCUACAUCCCUGAGAGACUGAUUUCUGAAUCUUGGCCAACUAACUAUAAGUGUUUCAUGUGAACCAUCUUUGGUCUUCCUGAAGUGGUCGAAAAAUAGACCACAAAAGCGCAACAUGGUGCUACUUAGGAAUUCUGAACAGAAUAUCUUUUCGUUUUUUUAAUGAAAAUAAUCAAAAGAAAAGACUAUGCGUGUAAUCAGAACCUUAAAAAAUGUAAGUGUUUAUUUAUUGUUUAUAACGAGACUGUAACCAAACGUGCCUCUUAAUAAGCAUUGUUUCGUUAUGUAUCAUUGUAUAGUUUGACUUAGGUUAGUGUUCUAUACUAGCUGAAACUUAUCGUUUAUUUAUUGAGCUAAUAUUUUAAAAGCUAUUUAUUUUAUCCCAUGUAUUAGUCUGAUUUUGUAAUCAGACAGCGUUGUUGUCAUGCAUAAUAAACGACGAAACAUCAC